UGACUAAGGGCUAACGGCUAAGGGAUAAGGAUUUCUUUUUGGGGUGAUGACAAUGUUGUAGAAUUAGAUAAUGAUAAUAACGAUGGUUGCACAAACUUGUGAACAUACUACUGAAUUGUUUAGUUAAAAGGGCCAAUUUUGCGGUAUGUGAACUACAUCUUAAUUGAAAAGUAUGAAAUUUUUAAACAAGAAAAAGCCGCGCCCGGCCUAGCAUUUCAUUUUUUAAAAAUCACACCUAGUUAGCUAUUUUUUUUAAAAAAACAACAUGUUUAUUUUAAGAAAAGUUGGAAACACGGGCUUCCCCACGUCACCACCACCAACUUGUGAACACGUCGGGAUCACGGCUUAAGUAAUGAGGAUCACACCCGAGAGCUGCUUCUGUUGCUAGUGGAAAGAACGCCUCUGAUCCUCACGCCCUUCCACUCACAACACACACAGAAGCUGGCUGAAAAGAGGGAAAGUAACACGAGCCCUAAAAAUGCCAGUCCUUCCUCUCACAGGACUGGACGUCCUAGACACCUGGCAAGAGCCGGGGUGGGCCUGGCAGAGUGUGGAGGGACAGGUGCUGGGACCUGGGGGGCCCGGGGAUAGGGCUUAAGGGCUUAGGGGCUUAGGGACGUGGUGUGAGGGCGUGGGCGGGGCUCAGGAGCCUCUGGCACCCGGUGGAGCUUGGAAGCCGCACGGGCGUGGAGGGGGCGGGGCUCAGGGCCCGGAGAAACGGGACGAGGAGGGGCACCUGGGCGGGGCUCAGACCGGGAUAUGGGGGGUGGGCCCUGGGCGUGGGCGAGGCUCAGGACCCAGAGCCCAGAUGGGCGGGGAGCGGCCGGACGCGGGUGGGGCGGGCGCCUAGACGCGAGCCUCGGGCGUCUAGCUGCCCAGACGGCGGCGGCGGUGGCCGCACGCGCGGCCCGGCUUCUGCCCUCCCGGCGCUCUGGCUCUUAGUCCCCCACGCCAUGCCGCAGGCCGCGCCGCCCACCGAGCUGGUGCCGUCGGAGCGCGCAGUGGUGCUGCUGUCGUGCGCGCUCUCCGCGCUCGGCUCGGGCCUGCUGGUGGCCACGCACGCCCUGUGGCCCGACCUGCGCAGCCGGGCACGGCGCCUGCUGCUCUUCCUGUCGCUGGCCGACCUGCUCUCGGCCGCCUCCUACUUCUACGGAGUGCUGCAGGACUUCGCGGGCCCGUCGUGGGACUGCGUACUGCAGGGCGCGCUGUCCACCUUCGCCAACACCAGCUCCUUCUUCUGGACCGUGGCCAUUGCGUUCUACCUGUAUCUCAGCAUCGUCCGCGCCUCGCGCGGGCCCCGCACAGACCGCCUGCUUUGGGCCUUCCAUGUCGUCAGCUGGGGGGUCCCGCUGGUCAUCACUGUGGCAGCCGUCGCCCUGAAGAAGAUUGGCUAUGAUGCCUCGGACGUGUCUGUGGGCUGGUGCUGGAUUGACUUAGAGGCCAAGGACCACGUCCUGUGGAUGCUGCUGACGGGGAAGCUGUGGGAGAUGCUGGCAUACAUACUGCUGCCCCUGCUGUACCUCCUGGUCCGGAAGCACAUCAACAGAGCGCACAUGGCGCUCUCUGAGUACCGGCCCAUCCUCUCCGAGGAGCACCGCCUGCCGCGCCGCUGCUCCGUGGCGGACAAGAAGCUGGUGCUCAUCCCGCUCAUCUUCAUCUGCCUCCGGGUCUGGAGCACCGUGCGGUUCGUGCUGACCCUCUGUGACUCCCCCGCGGUGCGGACGCCGGUGCUGGUCGUUCUGCAUGGUAUCGGGAACACGUUUCAGGGAGGUGCCAACUGCAUCAUGUUCGUCCUCUGCACCCGUGCCGUCCGAACCCGGCUCUUCUCUCUCUGUUGCUGCUGCUGCUCUUCUCAGCCUCCCACCAAGAGCCUGGCCGGCACUCCCAAGGCGCCCGCGCCCUCCAAGCCAGGAGAAUCUCAGGAAUUCCAAGGGACCCCAGGGGAACUUCCAAGCACCUGAGCUUUUGUCCUUUCUAGUUCUGUGCAUAGGUGCCGCCUUCCUGGGGGUGGGCGCUUCUGUGAGUCCCUGCUGCAGGGGCAGAAGUGCACGUCUGUUGCACCGGAAGCCCCGGGUAUUGAUGCUCUCGGCUCCACUGGGAGAGCAGCCGCCAACUCAGCUUCUUCUACCUCCUAGAUCCUCAGGCAGCAAGUUCCACCUGUACCAGUGUCCUGGCGCACUGGGGUGGGCAUUCAUCUGCAUAAGGGUAGCAAUGAGAUUCAGGGAAACCAGUGGUCCACGACUGCAGCCACGGUGCCUCCACCCAGUGGACCUUGGUGUCCUGAGGGCCACACAGCACUGCACAGCACUGUUUACAAUUUGAGGGAUCCAUACCUGUGCACUUGUCUUCCGUGUGAUUAAAUAAGCUGUCAGGGGCCCCAGAGAUGUGUCCCCAUCCAGACAUCAUGGUGUUGAGACAUCAUGGUCUGGGUGUUGAGAUUCUCUGGAGAGCCCAGCUUUCCUUGGAAAGUUUGCUCAACAGAGGAAGCAGCUGCCAUUCACCAGGUUGAAGGUUCCCCUGAGGUUGCGUGGUGAUCACCAGGGGUGGGCACAGCCCAGCACAGCUGCUUAGGGACAGCAGUCUCCCUGUGCCUCCUGGCCUCUCCCUCUAUGGGCUGCUAACCCUUGCUGUAGCUUGGGUUUGAGUGUCAAGCACAGGCCAGAAUCCACACUCCUGCCCCCACCUGUCAAUCACUUCAGACACAGGCUCCCUCCUUCCAAUUCCAAGGCUGGAACCAGGGCAGGAAGAGGCGUCUCAGGGAACCCCUGAAGACCCCACUGUCUCCCCAGCUCCGUUCUUAUAAUCCUCCUGUUCUUGGGGAGACCAAAGUGGGUGAGCGGGGAGGGAUUCUGGCUUAUUUACUUCUUAGUUUAGUUUUUUGUAAGUUAAAGUGGCCGGAGAGAUGAGUAAUCCAAAUACGAUUCCUCAGGCCAGGCACAGUGACUCACACCUGUAAUCCCAGCACUUUGGGAGGCCGAGACGGGCAGAUCACCUGAGGUCAGGAGUUCGAGACCAACCUGGCCAACAUGGUGAAACCCGCUCUCUACUAAAAAUGCAAAAAUUAGCCGGGCUGGGUGAUGCGCACCUGUAAUACCAGGUACUUGGGAGGCUGAGGCAGGAGAAUCGCUUAAAUCCGGGAGGUGGAGGCUGCGGUGAGCCAAGACCACGCCAUUGCACUCCAGCCUGGGCAACAAGAGUGAAACUCGGUCUCAAACAAACAUUCCUCCCUGAAGGUGAAGGUUUUAAGAUUGAGAUUCAGCUUUUUUUUUUUUUUUUUUUUUGAGAAGGAGCCUCAUUCUUUUGCCUAGAGCUUAUGUGGUGGUGCGUGCCUGUAGUCCCCACUACUCAGGAGGCUGAGGCGGGAGGAUCCCUUGAGCCCAGGAGUUUGAGGCUUCAGUGAGCUGGGAUGGCACCACUGCCACUCUAGCCUGGGAAACAGCAGGACACUGUCUCUGGGAAAAAAAAAAAAAAAAAAGGAUUCAAAAGGAUUUGGCUAUUUUGGUAUUCAGUUGGGGUAAGUGGCGGCAUGGAUCAUGGAGCAAUUAUUUACAUUUAAAAGAAAAGAAUUGAAAGUAAGCACUUGUAUCUCUAUUUUUAUUCUGUGGCUCUUCCACAAACGCUUUUGUCUUAUUUCAGAAAAAGCUUCUCUGUUCAGUCACAGGAGCCAUUGGCAAAGAAUGGGAAGUGGAGAUGCUACCUCCAGGGGCUUGGCGAGAGAAAGUACAGCUUUACCUGUGAUAGGUGAUUUCCCUUGGAAUCCAUCGGAACUCGACAAAGCAUGCUUUUCUGAGCUUAGUAAAAUGGUUCUGGAUCAAAACCGAAGUCACAUUGUGCUGCCGAUCCCUGUUUAACUCUCAAAACCAAAAUCUGUAUCAGGAAAGGAAUAAUCAUUUAGCAGACUGAGUCCAAAAUGCUGAUUUUUGGUUUCCUGUGAAAAUGGAUUUCUGUUUCUUUUUUUUUUUGAAAUGGAGUUUCACUGUGUUGCCCAGGCUGGAGUGCAGUGGUGUGAUUUUGACUCACUGCAACCACCGCCUCCAGGGUUCAAGCAAUUCUCCUGCCUCUCAAUUCCAAGCUGCUGGGAUUAUAGGCACCUGUCACCAUGCUUGGCUAAUUUUUUGUGUUUUUAGUAGAGAUGGGUUUUCACCAUGUUGGUCAGGCUGGUCUCGAACUCCUGAUGUCAGGUGAUCCACCUAAGCCUCCCAAAGUGCUGGGAUUGCAGGCAUGAGCCACUGUGCCUGUCCAAGAAAACAGAUUUCUUGAUGGAAAUUAGCGAGACAAACAUCCCCUUAGGAUUGAAAGAGAGCUCUGGGCUGCUCCAGGGAAAGCCACUCGGCAGAGAUAGCCUCUGUAAGUGAAUUCUGGACUCCCCUAAGGACAUUACAGCAAAUCUCUGGCUAUGUCUCUGGUAAAAACCCUCACUUGAGCUUCUAGAAAGGAGCAAAAAUUCAGGAAUUUGCUUGCGGCAAAAGAGAACAUGAUUUACAGAUAAAAAAGAAAAGACAAUACUAGGACACAGAGGAAUAGUGUUAGAAUCAACCCUGCUCAGCAGGGGCCUCCAGAGCCCUCCCUGCUGUACCCAAGCCAGGGCUGAGACGUGACUCCCCAAACGGGCUGGCUGUGGUCAGGAAAGGCCUGUAGAGGGAGCUGAGGGCUCAGAAAACACCUGCUCUGGGUGCCUGGGCUCAAGUUCUCAUUCCAUUUCUUUGAUGCCACUGGCCACUCUAUCUGCUUCUGUAAAAACCUCCAAAAAGUUACACGUUGGGUAUCUAAUUCCGCUUCCUCCGCUGCCCACCUCUUGCCACAGAUGAAUGAUCACUGUGAAUGGUGGUGACCAGGUGGGCAGGGCAGGGGCUUGCCUGAGUGCCUUAGCCCAGGCCUCUGGCCCACCGACCUUGAAAACAGCAAUAUCGCCUCCUUCUUAGAUCCAGUUACCAAGUCAGUCUAGCUGGGUGGGUAGUGCUCAGACAGGAAGACUGGAUGGGAAGGAAGUCACAUCCUAAAAGUCCAGGAGGGGGCCAGGCACAGUGGCUCAUGCCUGUAAUCCCAGCACUUUGGGAGACCAAGGUGGGGGAUCACCUGAGGUCAGGAGCUCAAGACCAGCCUGGCCAACAUGGUGAAACCCUGUUUCUACUAAAAAUACCAAAAAAACCCCACAAAAAGCCAGACGUGGUUGCAUGUGCCUGCAGUGCCAGCUACUUGGCAGGCUGAGGCAGGAGAAUUGCUUGAACCCGGGAGGCAGAGGUUGCAGUGAGCCAAGAUCGCACCACUGCACUCCAGCCUGGGUGACAGAGCGAGACUCCAUCUCAAAAAAUAAAACAAGUCCAGGAGGGGCUGUUACCUCUGUUACUUCUUUUUAAUGUAUUUAUUUUUGUGAGGCAGGGUUUUGCUGUCUGGAGCACCACACCCAGGCUGGAAUGCAGUGAUGCAGUCAUGGCUCACUGUAGCCUCCACCUCCCAGGCUCAAGCGAUCCUUCCACCUCAGCUCCCCGAGUAGCUGGGACCACAGGGCUGGCUAAAUUGCAAUUUUUUGUAGAGGCAAGGUUUUGCCGUGUUGCCCAGACAGAUCUCGAACUCUUGGGCUCAAGCGAAGGGCUGGUACAUCUGAUGAGGGCAAAAGGGGCUGUGCUCCUUGGACACUUUGCACAGCCCCAGUGGGCUUCUGUCUCCUCUGUUAGUGUGGUUAAUGUUUAUCUGCCUGCAUCCCCCGGUCACCCAAGUGUAACCUCAGCCAUAACACGUUCUGCAGCCGGAACAGUGUCCUCAGCUCAGCGUCCCUCGCCCAUGCACUUUCUGAACUUUGGUCUUUUUACUAGGUUACCAGCCGCUUUCUGCCUCUUUGUGCUUUUGAGGUUUUUUUGGUUUGUUCUGUUUUGUUUUUAAAUAAAGAUUAUUAUUUGACCCAGGCUGAAGGUACAGACAGAACUCUUCACGUGUCCACAACAAGAAAAGUUGUUUUUACAAACUUCUAGUCGUGGCAUCAAAAGUGUGAGGUUUUGCAUCUGCAGGAUUGUCAUACGAGCCCUGAUGGGGGGGAGGCUGAAGUCUUGCUGUUUUAAAUUAAAUGAAUAAAUUAUUUUUCUCCUA